AUGGUCGCUGCUGAAGAGAGCGCGAGGGCCACUUCCGGCUUCACCCGCGGAGUCCCUGCGCGGGCCUCGGGACCGGCCCGCCACUCCCCCCGGGCCCCGCGAGCGCGCGGCGGCUUCCAGCUUCUGGAAGGGAACUGUCGGGUGAAGCGAAGCUGCCCUUCUUGUGGCCUAGAGCCUGGGAGUAAAAAGGAAAGAGGGAACCCUAUUUCUGUUCAGUUGUUUCCCCCAGAGCUGGUGGAACACAUCAUUUCGUUCCUCCCAGUGAGAGAUGUAGUCGCCCUAGGCCAGACCUGCCACUACUUCCACGAAGUGUGUGACGCUGAGGGCGUGUGGAGACGCAUCUGCCGCAGGCUCAGUCCACGACUCAGAGACCAGGGUUCUGGGGCCCGGCCCUGGAAAAGAGCUGCCAUUCUUAACUAUACAAAGGGCCUGUAUUUCCAGGCAUUUGGAGGCCGCCGGCGAUGUCUCAACAAGAGCGUGGCCCCCAUGCUAGCCCAUGGUUACCGCCGCUUCCUACCCACGAAGGACCACGUGUUCAUUCUCGACUAUGUGGGGACCCUGUUCUUCCUUAAAAAUGCCCUGGUCUCCUCUACCCUCGGCCAGAUCCAGUGGAAGCGGGCUUGCCGCUAUGUUGUAUUGUGUCGUGGUGCCAAAGAUUUUGCCUCUGACCCAAGAAGUGACACAGUUUACCGGAAAUACCUCUAUGUCCUGGCCACUCGGGAGCCGCCCGCAGUGGUGGGUACAACUGGCAGCCGGCCUUGCGACUGUGUGGAGGUCUAUCUUCAAUCCAGCGGGCAGCGGGUCUUCAAGAUGACGUUUCACCACUCCAUGAGCUUCAAGCAGAUUGUGCUCGUCGGCCAAGAGACCCAGCGGGCUCUACUGCUUCUCACAGAGGAAGGAAAGAUCUACUCACUGGUAGUGAAUGAGACCCAGCUGGACCAGCCACGCUCCUACACAGUUCAGCUGGCCCUCAGGAAGGUGUCUCGUUGCCUGCCUCACCUGCGUGUCACGUGCAUGGCUUCCAAUCAGAGUAGUACCCUUUAUAUCACGGACCAAGGGGGAGUGUAUUUUGAGGUGCAUACCCCAGGGGUGUAUCGUGAUCUCUUUGGGACCCUUCAAGCCUUUGACCCCCUGGACCAGCAGAUGCCGCUUGCUCUGUCACUGCCUGCCAAGGUCCUAUUCUGCGCUCUUGGCUAUAAUCACCUUGGCCUGGUGGAUGAAUUUGGCCGAAUCUUUAUGCAGGGAAAUAACAGAUAUGGGCAGCUGGGAACAGGGGACAAGAUGGACCGAGGGGAACCUACACAGGUACAUUAUCUGCAGCGUCCCAUUGCCUUGUGGUGUGGCCUCAACCAUUCUCUAGUGCUGAGCCAGAACUCAGAUUUCAGCAAGGAGCUGCUGGGCUGUGGCUGCGGGGCUGGAGGCCGCCUCCCUGGCUGGCCUAAGGGGAGUGCCUCCUUUGUCAAGCUCCACAUCAAGGUCCCCUCAUGUGCCUGCUCCCUCUGCUCCACGCGAGAGUGCCUCUACAUGCUGUCCAGCCACGAUAUCGAACAGUGCCCUGCAUACCGGGACUUGCCCGCCAGCAGGGUGUCAGGAAGUCCCGAGCCCAGCCAGGGAGUGGAAGCUCCCCAGGACCCUGGGGAGACAGCCCAGGCCUGUGAGGAGUAUCUCAGCCUGAUCCACAGCUGCCCCACGUUGCAGGACCGCAUGGCAAAGAUGAAGGAGAUCGUGGGCUGGAUGCCCUUGAUGGCAGCACAGAGGGACUUCUUCUGGGAAGCCCUGGACAUGUUGCAGAGGGCUGCUGGAGGGAGUGGCCCAGGCCCCUCCAACCCUGAGAGCUGACCCCACCCUCUCCUAGCCUUUACUGCUGGAGGGAGUCUGGCCCGGGGCCAAGGGCUAGGGAGACGAGGGAAUGGUGGCCAGAAACACUG